GUCACAAACUGAGAGUUACAUACACACAUUAGGAUGGACACGGCGACUAUAAAACAACAAAGCGAUCGUCUUUGACAGUUCAACUAAACGGCUGUAUUGGAGACCGUCAGAUAUGUUGUCAUGGUUCGCGGCUCUUCUGGCGGGAAUCUUUUCCGCGCAUCUCGCGCAGCGUCUGUGUUUCCCGUACUUUUGGAGGGACGCGCGGUAUUUAAUGAAAGUCAUACGGUACGGAGCCCGUCUGGAGUUAUACAAACGAACCAAGAAGGUCGUGACGGUGGUGGACAGAUUUGUUGAACGAGCCCGGAGGACUCCUCACAAACCCUUCAUCGUUUUUAACGGAGUGACGUCUACGUACGGAGAGAUCGAGGCGCGCAGCAACCGAGUGGCGCGGGUGUUUGAGCGCGAAGUCAGUAAAGGAGACACGGUGGCGCUCCUCAUGAACAACGAGCCCGACUUCAUCUCCGUUUGGUUCGGAUUCGCCAAACUGGGCUGUGCGGUUGCGUUUCUCAACACCAACAUCAGAUCCAGAUCACUGCUGCACUGCUUUAACUGCUGCGGGGCCAGACUGCUGGUGGUCGGCGCAGAUCUUUUAGAAACUUUAGGGGACAUUCUUCCAAGUCUUCAGGAGGACAAUAUUACAGUCUGGUGUAUGAAACGGGAGAUCUCUCAUCCUGGUGUCCACAGCCUGCUAGAUGAAAUAGAUCAAGCUUCAGAUGAUCCAGUGGUAUCUGAUCUCAGGUCUGUCAGCUGUCUGAAGACCCCCACACUUUACAUCUUUACCUCAGGCACUACUGGGUUACCCAAAGCUGCAGUCAUCACCCAUUUACAGUCACUGAAGGCCGCAGGUGGAUUUUGGGCUUAUGGUGGCACUGUAAAUGAUAUCAUCUACACGCCACUUCCUCUCUAUCAUAGUGCUGCUUCACUUGUUGGCAUUGGAGGAACCAUUGAACUGGGUGCCACCUGUAUCCUGAAGAAAAAGUUCUCCGCCUCUCAGUUCUGGACUGACUGUAGAAAAUACAACGUCACCAUAUUUCAGUAUAUAGGAGAGCUGUGUCGAUAUCUGUGUAAUCAGCCUGUGGCUGAGAAUGAGAAGGAUCAUCGGGUACGGAUGGGUGUUGGGAAUGGUCUCCGUCAGGACGUGUGGAGAGAGUUUCACCGACGCUUUGGCGAAAUCUGCAUGUGUGAAAUCUACGGCUCAACCGAAGGAAACCUGGUCUUCAUGAAUCACAUUGGCAAGAUCGGAGCCGUUGGACGAUCCAAUUUCUUAUACAAGAUGCUUUUUAAAUAUGAUUUGGUGAAGUAUGACAUGAUCAGAGAUGAGCCUGUGCGAGAUCAGAACGGAUUCUGCCAACGGGUUGAGAAAGGUGAAACAGGACUGUUACUGUCUAAGAUCUGCUCUCAGAGUCCGUUCUUCGGUUACGCUGGCAGCAAACAGUUAACGGAGAAGAAGAUCCUGCGAGAUGUGUUUGUUAAAGGAGAUGCUUACUUUAACACCGCAGACCUGAUGGCUGAGGAUGAGAACUUCAUUUGCUUCAAGGAUCGAGUAGGAGACACUUACAGAUGGAAAGGUGAAAAUGUGGCGACCACUGAGGUCACAGAGAUUCUUGGACAGGUGGAUUUUAUUCAGGAGGUGAAUGUGUAUGGAGUCCAGGUGCCAGGAAGUGAGGGUCGAGCUGGAAUGGCUGCGAUCAUUUUGAGACCUGACUUGAUAUUUGAUGGAAAGAAACUCUUUGAUUACAUCAUGAGAGAACUUCCAGCUUAUGCUCGACCUCUCUUCAUUAGACUACAGGAGUCUAUGGAGAUGACCAGCACAUUUAAACAGCAGAAGUUUUCUCUGGUGGAGAGCGGCUUUAAUCCCUCAAACAUCAAUGAUCCAAUUUACUUUCUGGACUACACAGAAAACAGCUAUAUUCCUCUGACCAGCUCUGUCUAUGAUAGUAUAUUACAAGGUCAGAGGAAACUAUAGUGGAAACCAUUGAGAAGUGAUUUCAUCAUGAUGAUAAUGAACUCAAUGAAUUAUUAAUUCCUCAUCUCUCUGUGAGCUUCAGACCGUGUCAUUUAGUAAAUAUAUAAUAAGUAUUUACAAAAGAGUCAUGAUGAUGAAGAGUCUGGAGCUGAACACAGCAAACGUUAUAAAUGUUGUUAGAGAAAUGUUUGUUGUGGCCUAUGAAGGAAAUCUGUUUUGAGAUUUGGUGAAGUUAAAGGUUUAUAUCUGAUAUAUGUGUGCUAUGUGUUGUGCUGAAACACUUAAACUGUGCCUUUACUUUAUUAUAAUUUACAAUUAAAUCACUCUCAAAAUGACAUUUUAUUUCAAAUAAGAGUUGAUAAAAAACAUGCCAUUAAGUGCUAAUUUCUGAAGCUGGGACACAGCUUGACUGUUCUGAGAUCAGACCUGUGUAAUUGUUUGUAUUUGAAUGAAUAUGACAAAUAUAUCAGCCAUUUUGAGAUAUACUGCUGCUGCUCAUUUUUGUAAUACAGACAAAAACACAUUUUGAAUAUUUUAAAUACACACUGACUGAAGUCUGACUUUAACUCAAUCUGUUGUUUUUUUGUAUGAUAUGGAUGAGAAGGAUGAGGUUUCUUUGUUUUAAACAUCAUUGUAAGUUUUAUAUUUUUGAUUUUUAAAUUAUUCUGCUUAGUUUUGAGUUUCACUGUGAAUUGUAUUUUUUUAAUGCAAUGUAAUAACUUCACUCACUGAAGUGAAACAAUGGUAUGCAAUGCUGUCAGGUCAGAUUUGUAAUAAUAAAUGCUGCUUUUGUUUAUGUGCAUUCAGUUGUUUACAAUCAAGUUAAACCUGUGAAAAUGACUUAAUAACAGAACAAACUCGUUGAGUUACAUCAUAAUCUUUGUUACCUCGAGAGCACACUUAAUAAAGCUAAAGUCUUUUUAAGAUCAA